AUGGCGUCUAAGAAGGAAGAGGUAAUUCGCAACGAAAUACUGUACAACACCCUUGCUAAGCUCCAGCCGGCAGACGGGACGAGCACAAACCAGAUAUCUUAUGUGGUGAAAAGGGCUAAUUUGUCCAGUACAGUCGUGUUGGCAGCGAUAUCUCUACUGCUAUCGGCAAAAGAAAAGCUUCCAAAGCACAUAGGCUCCCUAAAGAGACAGCUCAGCGAGAACAAGAGUGUUUCUCUAGAGAUACUGGAAAACAAGAUUGAAACAGCCCAGAGUCUGUGCAGCAGUACGUACAUGCUCUUCUCUAUUUCUCUGAUUAUCUCCUCCAAAUACCUUAUAGACAGAUCAUACAUUAAUCGGACAUGGUCCAACAUUCUCAUGAUCGACAGAUCGCUUGUGAACGAAUACGAAAGGUGUAUGCUGGAGGUGCUUGAGUACAAAGUAAGCGUAAACAGCAAGUCAAUAGACGAUCUGUGGUCCAAAAUGAACACAGGGCCCGCCAAGCAGGAAAAAAAGGAAAAUAAAAUCGUUAGAAGCAUCAAGAAGAUUGUGUCCUGUCUGUUCAAAAAUGAAUAG